UGGUCGCGGCCUCCUGUUUUCUUCAUGCCCACGGGCCGCACGGUGUACUUGACCCGGCACUUCCAGGCGGGGUCGGUAGUGCCGAGCGGGGCCGACAGCGACAUCCCGCGCGAGCCCGGGGCCACCGCGAGCCGCAGGGACGCGACAGCUCGGCACAGCGCCGACACCGCCAUCCCGGCUGCCAUCCCGGCUAGCCCGGCCGCCGGCACCGCGCCUGCGCCGCCCCGGGACUCAGCCCCGCCCCCGGCACCGCGGCAGCGACGGCGGAGGCCGCCGGGACCCCGCGCCGAGCAGGGCUGCGGGAGCAAGACUAUGUCCACCAUGGUGUACCCAAGGGAGGAGAAACUGGACAAGCUGAGCCAAGAGGAGAUCAUUUCCAACACCAAGCUGGUGAUGCAAGGGCUGGAGGCACUCAAGAAUGAACACAACUCCAUCCUGCACAGCUUGCUGGAGACUAUCAAGUGCCUGAAGAAAGAUGAAGAAGCCAAUCUUGUGCAUGAGAAAUCCAACCUGCUCCGCAAGUCAGUGGAGAUGAUUGAACUGGGGCUUGGAGAAGCUCAGGUGAUGAUGGCAUUGUCCAACCAUCUGAAUGCCGUGGAGUCAGAGAAGCAGAAGCUGCGUGCUCAGGUGCGGAGACUGUGCCAGGAGAACCAGUGGCUGCGUGAUGAGCUCGCUAACACCCAACAGAAGCUGCAGCGCAGUGAACAAACUGUGGCUCAGCUGGAGGAGGAGAAGAAACACCUUGAGUUCAUGAACCAGCUGAAGAAGUACGAUGAGGAUGUCUCACCUUCGGAGGAGAAGGAGGGUGACUCCGCCAAGGACUCUCUGGAUGAUCUGUUCCCAAAUGAGGAGGAGGAGCAUGGUCCUGGAUUGCCCCACCAGCACAGCAGUGCAGUGGCAGCUGCCCAGCAGGGAGGCUAUGAGAUUCCUGCACGCUUGCGCACCCUCCACAACCUUGUCAUCCAGUACGCCUCACAGGGACGCUAUGAGGUGGCUGUGCCGCUCUGCAAGCAGGCACUGGAGGACCUGGAGAAGACAUCGGGCCAUGAUCACCCUGAUGUGGCUACCAUGCUCAACAUCCUGGCAUUAGUGUACAGGGAUCAGAAUAAAUACAAAGAGGCAGCUCACCUCUUGAAUGAUGCUCUUUCCAUCCGUGAGAAGACUCUGGGCAAAGACCACCCAGCGGUCGCAGCAACUUUGAACAAUCUGGCUGUUCUCUAUGGCAAGAGAGGGAAGUACAAAGAAGCAGAGCCACUGUGUAAGCGAGCCCUGGAGAUCCGUGAGAAGGUCCUAGGCAAAGACCAUCCUGAUGUGGCCAAGCAGCUGAACAAUCUAGCCCUGCUGUGCCAGAACCAGGGCAAGUAUGAUGAAGUGGAGUAUUAUUACUGCCGGGCCCUGGAGAUCUAUGAGAGCUGCCUUGGUCCAGAUGACCCCAAUGUGGCCAAGACCAAGAACAACCUGGCCUCCUGUUACCUGAAGCAAGGCAAAUACAAAGAUGCAGAGGUGCUGUAUAAGGAGAUCCUUACCCGUGCUCACGUGAAGGAGUUUGGCUCUGUGGAUGAUGAACACAAGCCCAUCUGGAUGCAUGCGGAGGAGAGAGAGGAGAUGAGCAAGAGCAAGCACAGAGACAGUGCUCCCUACGCUGAGUACGGCGGCUGGUACAAGGCCUGCAAGGUUAGCAGCCCAACUGUGAACACCACUCUGAGGAACCUGGGCGCCCUGUACCGACGCCAGGGCAAGCUAGAGGCAGCUGAGACUUUGGAGGAGUGCGCAGUUCGCUCUCGGCGGCAGGGCAUUGACCCAAUCAACCAAACGAAGGUGGUGGAGAUCCUGAAGGAGGGCGAUGGCACAGAGAGACGUCGGAGCCUGGGGGGCAGCGUCAAGUACGAGAGUGCCACAGACGGUAGCGAGGAAGUGAGUAUGGGCGUGGAAUGGAGCGGGGCUUAAAUGCCUCCCGAGACUCCCUCUUUCCCCUCCACCGCAAUCACCUGGAUGUUUGUGUUGUAUCUUCCGACUUUUCCUCCACACCAUCCCUCCUUCCUCGGCAAGAACUCCACGCCAGUCCCCCAACCCUCCCGGCGCGCGAGGGCACCGCGAUGCCUGCAGAGGAGUUCCCGGCCACAUGGCCCAGCUCCAGUCCCGUGGCCAGCAAGAGCAGGAAGAAUCUGCGAGGAGCUGCCUGCUCCCCCAGGCCAGGGUGACGGGCCACCGUCCCCUUGCAUACCCCCAACCCCAGCCUGCCCUUGCACAUGCCUGGGGACCAGGCCUGCGAGGAAUUGUCUUCACUCCAGGAGUGCCGACUCCACCGUCAUUAGACAUCCUCAACCCUCCUAGUUUGUUCCCUCCAUCUCUGCAGGGGCCAGGAUGAAGGCAUGAAGAUGAGGGGCCUGGUUUGAAACAGAGGGGCCUGGCUUUGGCAGGGCUGUCAUGUGCCCAGUUGCUUUCUUCCCUAUAGACUUAGCUGAUGUUAGUACCCUGUAGCAAACCUACGCUGGCCACCAGUGAGCUGGGCUCUCCCUGCACCACAGGGAAGUCUCUGUCCUGCUAUCCUCCUCCCUGCUGAGCUCUGCAUCCCAGGGGCAGCAUGUGGGUCUCUCUGCAGGGGCGCAGGAAUGUGGGGUGGCCCAUAGCUACUGUAGAUCCAAGUGGAACCAUAGAAUGAUUUAGGUUGGAAGAGACCUUAAAGAUCAUCCAGUUCCAAUCCCCCUGCCAUGGGCAGGGACACCUUCCACAGGAUCAAGUUGCUCAAAGCCUCAUCAGAAGGGGAGAGGGUGACGGCCAAGGUUUGUGCAUGGAACAAGGACCUGCCAGGACAAGCAGUUUGGUUGCAACUUCCUGACCUGAUCCUGUAGCUGGAUUUCUCACCUGAUGGUGUUAAGGGGUGAAUUGGCUCCCCCUUGCUCCAGGAUCUGCAGGUGUUGCUGCUGCAAGAAGCAGAACUAGGGGUGAAGCUGUUUGCUGUUUCUAGAAGGCAGAGGAAGGAUAGGAGGAAAGCAGAACUUUUCUGCCCGUCCCCAGGCCAUUAGAAGUGGCUGAGAUGGGGAAUGGGCUGGUUUGGCGCAGAGUGGUUGGGUGAAAAAGGAGGUGCAAAGAAGGAUGUGAGGAAAGGAUGAGCUGGGGCUUGGGGUGCUCUGAGCAUGUGGAAGCAGAUGGGAUGGCUGGAGGGAGGUUUCCACUAGACAAGAAGGGGACAGGUUGCUCAGGGAGGAGGGCAGGUUUGGAACAUGGGACCUGGCUUGCUAGGCGUGGUGCUUGGGGCUGUGACUUGCUGUCCAGCUGUCCCUAGCCAAGAGAGUGGAAAAAUUCAUAAGCCUCUCACUGCUAUGAAGAAGGUGCUGACCCAGGGCUUUGAUGGGAAUCCAGGCCUGUGCCGGGUCUGCUGCUGCUUAUCACUACUGGGAAAGGGAAUGUUUCCGAGGGCCAGAUCGCCACUGCCUUGAGCCACACACCCUCAUCCCACCUCCCAUAGGAAGUGAACCUCCGUACCCCUCCUGCCUGGGAAGAAAACUGGGGAGGCUGCAGCCAGCAGGACAGAGCCCAGAGGCCAGCACAGGACCCUCUUCCCUCUCCUUAUUUAUUUAGCUGGAUAGUUUCUUUUAUGCUAGUCACCUGGCAGGUUGUGAUACUAAAUGUGCUUGUGUCUGUCUGGGCCUGGCUUUCCCGUGAUGGUGCAGAGGCCUUGGGGCACAUGCAUGCUGCUCCCAUGGGAGCUUGUGCUUGCUAAAAGGAGGUUUGUCCUCAGGACCACAGGGUGCAGAGCCCUUGGCUGAGUGCUCUAGGGCUGCACCCUCCCUGCCUCUCUCUCCCAGCGCUGCUCUGUGCUCCUGGAGAGUGAUGGGUCCCCAGUGCAGGGUGCAUUCAAGCCUCAGUGCCAGCUGUGCUUUGCCAUGUCCUGGACCUGGUGCUGUAACAACCGUACCUCUGAUUAAAGGUAGACAGACCCGAACCGCUGCCCUGUGCUUCUUUCCAUGCCCUGGGGUGGUGGGUGCAAAUGCUGCUGGAGCAGGUGUGGGGUGCUUGGUGUGUGUAUGUGCAGGGGAAUGUGCUCUCCCCAGGGCACCUCUUCUGGGCUGAGCAUUGGAGAUGAGGGACCCAGCUCCACUGUGCCUCAACCUAACCUCCAAACUGGGGUUGCUACUAACCUCAGCUCUGUAGCCGUGUGUGGCAGGGCUGUUACGAGGUGUCUGAGCUUGGGCAUUCCCCAGCACUCAGAGAAAUACCCCACUGUAUCCCCCAGUGCCAUCCUCCAUGUGUUGCCAAAUCCCUCACAAGUCCUCUGUCUCCGUGCAGCAGGCAGGGUGGGAGCACACAGUGGAGCGUGGCUCAUUGGUGGAGCUGCUGCUUUUUCUCUUGGUGCUCUCAUCCUGGUGGGUGCAAUGGAAUGGGGGCUCUGCGGUAAACCAAGCCCCAUGCAUUUUUCUGGGUUAAAAAUAACCCUGCAGAAGGGGAGUGGGGAGAAAAGGGAGGCUAUUUUUAACCCAGCAUGUAGCACCAUUCGGUUCUGGUGUUGCUGCAUCACUGCUGUUGGGGAAAUAUGGCUUUAUCCUGCAGCCCUAACUGCAGAGCAUACUUCCUUGUUGGAUCCUGCUGCCCUUCAACCACAGUCCUGCUCCCCUCUGUUCCCUUCUCCACCCCUGGCUUGUGUGCCCUGGCAAUAGGAACAGUGCCUGGCAUGGCAGUACCCUGCAGGGAGGGUAGUCAGCCAGUGCAAGUCUUUUGGGGGGGGCCAAAAGACACCCCCACACACACCAUCACCCCGUCUUUGUGACUGCCCCAUUUUGAUGGCCAGCCCUUCCAAAACUUGUCCAGGAUGCCUGGUGCAGGAGUUGGAAUUGUUUACUUUGCUGAUACUUUUGGUGCUUUCUGCAUUCCUGGUGAGUGGGUCCCUUCCAGCAACAGCACAUGACUCCCAGUUUGGAAACCCUUCAUCCUGAUGAGAAAGUUAGGAGGUUCAAUCUAUUUGGCUUAUCCAAGAAGGGAUGAGGUGAAUACCAGGAGAAAGGUUUGCUGGUAGGAAAAGUCCUGUUCAGCUGUUGGAGAGGGUUCUAGGGCUGGACAAAUGGAGCAGGGCAGUGUUGGAAAAGCCUUCUCCCAGGGCCACAAGCCAUAAGGAUCAACACAGAAUUGACUGGCCUGAGGCAGAAACCCUGCUUAUCUACAGAGCUGCAUGGGCAAUCCUGUGGCGAUCACUGCUGCCACCCUGGGCCAUAGGGCAUUUUGGUCAUUUGGAGUGGUACAAAGGGGGUCUCAUACAUGAUUUUAAGGAACAAAGGACUUUUGAGGUCACCUUAUCUCCAUUUCUUCUGCCCGGGUGUGCCAGGGGCCACUGGGAUCAAAAGUAGGGAGGACUGCUGUUACCAGGCCAUCAGAGCAAAAGUAACUCCGCAUCAGCAGUGGUGCCUCAACCUCAUGUAAUGAACAUGUCGGGCUAUAGGGGAAGAGCGUGGUGCCACAAUGGCACAGCGGCAUGGCGUGGUGUCGUGCUGGCAGCCUGUACCUUGUAUGCACAUGGAGCUAAACACAGGAGAUGGGCUAGAGCCUGCCAAGGGCUGAAAGUGCCUUUGGGUACUGGGCACUUUGGGGCACACGUGGGAGGAAACAGCCUGGGGAACAAAAUUUAGGGCUGGUUUUGGUCUUUGGAAAAGCAGGCAGCUGUAAAGAAGCCCCUGCCAAGUGCCACCCUGGGACAGGUAGCCGGGCCAGGCACAGCGAAAGGUGCGGGGCCAAGAACAGCAGUGCCUGCUUGGCAACGCAGUGUUGGUGCAGCCAGAUGAAUGCAUCCCAGAUGGAGCUGCCUUAAUUGCUCAGCAAGCUCAAAGCUAAUCAUCUUGGGGCACUAGAGGUGGGACAAGGCUGUGUGUAUAUGAGGACUGCUGUUGUCUGACAUGAGUGAGCCUGCAAGCCUGACGCGUGGGACCAGGAUGUGCAUCAGGAUGAAUGCUGGAUGGAGAGGAGGAAUAGCAAUGGCAUGGUGAGGAAGAGCAAUGGGAGGGGGAAGAUUGUCUCCAGCCAGCAGCAAAUGAGGAGGGAGUCCUUGAAAUUUAUGUCCCAGCAGCAUGUCCUACAAAUGUACAAAAUGUACUCCAAGCUUGGGGGUCCCAUCACGGGCCACUGGGACCAUAUUGGUUGCUGCUGCCUGCACUGUUGCAGGCAAUGGAGCUGUGCUGUGUUCUAUCAGGACUGUGGGGAUGCCAGUGCCAUUUCUGCUGGUGGCCUGGUGCAGGUCAGCAGCCCUGCUUGGUGUUGAGCUUGCAGCGGGCAGAAGGGAGGAUUGGUUAGGAUGAGCCAGGCCAUGGUGGUGGGCACCCCUAGCUCCAUGGUCUUCAUGUCCUGUGAAGAACCAGGGUGUGGAGGAGCCAUGUAGUGAGCAGCAAGCCUGUUCUGAGCCAGUGUGAGAGGGCAAAGAGUGUUUGGAGCCAAGCCCAGUUCCUGGCCAUUCAUCUGCAGCAUGCCAGAGCCCGAUCGGUGCCACUCAGCCAUCACCCCGGCUUGUAUCUCUGU